CCAUUAUCAUCUACUUUUGUAUUUUCCAUAUUUUUACCAUAAUUUAUCUCUUGUUCCUCAAAACCUAGCUAGUAUAGCUAGCCUCUCUAAGAUCAUGAUGAAGGCAGCAGCAAGCUAUUCUAUUGCCCAAGGGUUGCAUUCAAACAAACUCAUGCACGAACUAGAUUUACCGCCCAAAGAAUCAAUCAAGGAGCGGUUUUCCGGCGGGUGGAGCUUUAUCGAAGAGCUAGCAAACAAUCCGUCCCCCACUCCAAAUCAAAUGGAACUGCCUGUUCGCCUGCGGAUGACGCGCUCCUUAUCAACGCUAAGUUCGAAAAGCCUGGAGAUGUGUACCGAGAGCUUGGGGAGCGAAACAGGCUUCGACAAUACUGAAACCAUUGAGGAAAUAUCUUCCUACCUUUCACAGCAGAAGAGCAGAGAGACUUUUGUCCCUCUGCCGCCCUCUGCAGUGAGCAACAGGUUCCCAAGAACCAAGACCUUCCCACCGCCCCUGACUUCAUCAACUGGUAGGGGUAGUGAUGAAGUUAAGGUGAUGAGGCCUCAUCGCGAGGGCGGCCGGUUGGUGUUAGUAGCCAUUUCGGUCAUUAAACCCAACCCUUUGUUCCAAGCUGAUAGAACAAAUGGGAGGUUGAGGCUCUCGUUUAAAAUGGCGAACCGCGACGAUGAAGAAAGGGAGGAAGAUCCCGAGGUUGGUUCUCAAGAUGGAGGGGAAGAUGAUGAUGAGGAGAACGCAUAAUAACGUCCUAAGAGGCUUCAAAUAUUUGCAUUUGGAGAUGAAUAAAGCUACUUCUGCGGG